UUACGUGGGUAUUUCAAUCUUUAAAUUUAAAGUUUAGGAGGAGAAAGGGAGCUGUUCUCAAAUUUUACCUUUUUGGAAAUAAUAAUGCAAUAGGUAAAGGGUUUGGCCAUUAGUGGUUUUUGUAUUACCUGUUGACUUUUAUAAUGGCAUAUUUACAUUGAUCGAUAUGCAUAGUGCGAAUAAUCCCUACGGGUACAUAUCACUGGCCGAUAAACUCUUUUAGUUUCAGUCAUACACUAAUGCAAAAAAGAACAAAAAUCUCUGUACUUCUCAUGCGGGCCCUAUGUACUAAUAAAAAUCGCCUACUGAAAAAAAACAUAGAAAUUGUCCGCAAACCGCAUGCGGGCACUAUCGACCAAUGGAAAUGAGCUUUACUAGUCGGAAAACCAAAUUUAGUAAACUUCUUCAUUCCAUAAAUUGCUAUCACAUCACAAUCACUAUAUCUUUGAUGAGAUUGCGAUAGAUUUUGUUUUUUGUUAGACAAUUAGCUUACAAAUUCUAUGUCAAAUGUCAAAAUAGAUUGUCAAAUAGUAAUUUAAUUAUGGCAAUAAUUUGACUGUCUUGCGCGAGGUGUGCAGAAAAAAAAUUAAAAAAUAAAUUAGGAAAAGAAAUGGCAGUUACUAGAGAGAAAGAAAACUGUUCAAGAAAAAUUAAUGGAAAUAUACCUGCCUUAUCUCUCAAUAGUGAUAAUAUGUCGACAUCUACCGAUAGUGAUGACCUAGCAGAUCCCACAUAUGAAAUUAGAAACAUUCAAAGUAUUAUUAACGUGACUCGUGAAAACAUUGAUGCUUUAAAUGCAAAAUUUGCUGGUUUUCAGCAUCCGCCGUCAUUAUAUUUAUCGGAAUAUCAGGAGCUUACAUCGAAGCUUCACGAUUUAGAACUUAGGGAACGGACUUUACGUGAACUGUUACAGACUGAUUCGCCGGAUAGAAGUGAAGAAUGUUCUUUACAAGAUGACUCAAAGAAGUAUGAUACCCUCACGCGUCAGCCCAAGGUAUUCCUUAGGGCGCAUCUGCCGAAUCAGCAGAGGACCAGCGUGCAAGUUAAAGAAGGGGUGACGUUAAGGGACGCGCUUUCGAAAGCAUUGAAACUACGUAACUUGACUUGUGAAAUGUGUGAAGUGGUUAGGACAGGCAAUAAUCAAGUGAUACCUUGGGAUGUGGAUAUAACUAUGAUCGACGCUGAAGAGGUGACGGUGCGGACGUUGGAUAAGUUGCCGAUAAUGUCGCACAUAUCUCAUCAGUUUACCCGUAAGACGUUCUUCACGUUGGCGUUCUGCGAGUGCUGCCGCCGGCUGUUGUUCAACGGCUUCUACUGCUCACAGUGCAACUUUAAGUUCCACCAGCGGUGUGCGGACAAAGUGCCUAGUAUUUGUCAUCAGGUACGAAUGACGGACACAUACUACGCGGCGCUGCUGGCCCAGAAUCCGGAGACCCAGGCGGGGAUCCUGCACUUUCCGCCGCACUUCGGCUACCAUCAUAUGAUGCACAGGGGCGACCAGAGCAAGCAGCAGCACCCGCGCUCGUUGAACCAGCAAGACCGCUCUAACUCGGCACCCAACGUCUGCAUCAACAUGGUGCAGAGACCGAUGACGCUCGCCGAACACCAGAGGAAAUAUAACCAGAGCACGAGCUCGCCGGUGUCAUCGAACUACCUGACGUCGCGGGCGGCGCGCGGCGGGGGCGGGGGCGGGGGCGCGGGCGGGGCCGGGGCGGGGGGCGGUGGCGGGGGCGGGGGCGGCGCGCGCGCGGAGGCGCACAGCCACAGCACGCAGGCGUCGCCGACGGGCACGCUGCGGCCGCGGCGCGCGCGCGCACGCUCCGCCGACGAGUCGUGGAAGAACGCGCUCUCGCCCAGGGAGAGCUACGACGACUGGGUCAUACACGCCGACGAGAUACUCAUCGGACCCAGAAUAGGUGACGUCAUCGUCGGCAACUUUUUUAUGUCCCCCCCUGCUCGGGCAUACCUUGUGGACGGUUAAGGAGAGCGGGCCGUGACCCUCCACGCUGGCCAGAUACGGAUUUUAGGGGGUGUUAACGUCCUGCUAAUGCAGCCGAGACCGUCGGUUUAGCGGGCUUUGCGAAGCACGGAGGAGCUCGGGAUAGUAAUUUUUUGGUCACCCAUCCCGUGACCGACCGUUGCGAAAGUUGCUUAACGACAGCGAUCGCCAGCCGCGGCGCUUAUCCACUGCGCCACCGAACUAUACUAGGAUAGGUGACGUACCUGUCGGGAAUUACGAUUCAGCAAUAGGUACUCCGAUAUCCCGCAUCGCUGCCGCUUUCCAGUCCUGUCUGUUGUGGUAUCACAGAGACAGAAAUGA